ACACACACACACACACAUGUGAAUGCGUGAGGUGAAGAAUAAGAAGUUUGUUGAAUUUCGUCAUUAAUCAUCAUUCGGUUCAAAAUCUUUCACCGGUACGGACCAUUCGCGUACACUCGUUGAAAGUAAAUUUAAGGCGUCGAAUCACAGGAAAACAAAACAUUCCAAUGCAAGCGUCUUCCGCCACCACGACCAGAUUUCGAUACGUCCUCGACUUUUGGUUCGGUAAGCCGUCCGACGCGGACUACUUGAAAUCAAAAUCAUUUUGGUACGGUGACGAUGCAGCGGAUAAUCAUGUGCGGCAACACUUGUCCGAUGAUUAUGAAAAAGCGAAAUGCGGUCAGUACAACGACUGGUCGGAUUCGGCCGACGGAGCACUGGCAUUGGUAAUUUUACUGGACCAAGUGCCGCGGAAUAUUUUUCGCAAUACAGCGCAAGCGUAUGCAACAGACGAUAAGGCAUUGGAAAUUGCAAAGAAAAUAGUGGCCAGCGGCUGGGAUGAACAUCAACCGGACAUCGUUCGGCGGUAUAUGUAUUCGCCGUUCAAUCAUUCGGAGAAUUUGGAAGAUCAGAGACGGUCGGUGGAACUGUUCACGAAAUUGGGCGAUCGGGAGCACUUACAUUGGGCGAAGAAUUUCUACGAGACAAUUAAAACGUACGGACGAUUUCCGCACCGUGAUGGAAUCUUAGGGCGACGGCCAUCUAGUUAGUGUAAUUCAAAAGUGUAAUGCAAUAAAACGGCACAGUUUGACGAACGAAA